CAUUGCAUUGAGUUUCUCAAAAAUUGAGUAUUGGGAUUUAUGUUUUGUAUUUUCUCGAUUUUCUAUCUAGUUUCGCUCUCUCGAAAAGUAAUACCAGUUUCGUGUAUGCGACUGGUAGUAUAAAUUGAGAUCGUACGAUUUAACCAACCAUUCUUGUUAAUUACUGAACUGAACUUUCAACCAAACUUUUGAGAGCAAUAUUUUCUAAAUUCACAUUUCGCAGCUAACGUGAUUCUUACUAAAGAAGAUUUCGAAUAUUUCAAGAGAGGAUUGAACUUAGCAAACGCCGUAUCAAAGUUAUAAUCAUCCUUCAAGAUGUCCGAAAGCGAUUGGGAUACUGUUACUGUGUUGCGUAAAAAAGCACCAAAAGCUUCUACUUUAAAGACUGAAACAGCCGUAAACCUUGCUCGUCGCCAAGGUAUUCCAGUGGAAACCAACCAGAAAUUCAAUGCCGGUACCAAUAAACAACACGUUGCAACUAAAAAUACCGCCAAGUUGGACCGAGAGAAUGAAGAAUUGAAACAUAAAACAGUUCCACAUGAUGUAGCAAAGCUGAUCAUGCAGGGUCGCCAGGCUAAAGGACUCAGUCAAAAGGAUCUUGCAACAAAAAUAUGUGAAAAACCUCAAAUUGUAAACGACUAUGAGGCUGGUCGCGGUAUUCCGAAUCACAUGAUCCUUGGUAAAAUUGAACGCGUGAUUGGAAUGAAAUUGCGAGGUAAGGAUAUCGGCACCCCGAUGGUGCCUCCCGGUAAGAAGUGAACAAUGUCGGGAGGCAAAAGCUAAUGAACACAAGUAAACAUUUGCACACAAACAUAAUAAAAUUUGGAAACCCAUGCUGACGGGACUGCGGUAUGUGUAAAAUGAGAUAAUUGAUACUAAUUCCCUUUUAACAUUAUAUGGUUUUAUCGAGUGCUGAUUUAGAGUGGCUAUAGAAAGAUUCUAGAUACCAGUACAGAUCAUAUGAAUUAUACACUCUUGAAAUGUUAAAUGAAAUGAUAUCUAUACAUUGACAGAAAAAAAAACGAAGCGAAAAAGUCACCAUGCAGGCACAUAUAUAUUUUGCUUUAAGAAGGGUAUUGUCAGAAAUAAAAUUCAUUCAUUCAAUUCAGUCAUAUCGUUAUUUUUCAGUUUGUAAUUGAUAAAGAUGGCCCUUUAUACGACACUUUAAAUUGUUUUGAGAACAUUCAAGGACUUUAGCCUCGCUUUCAUUCUUAUGAAAGUAUGCUGUUAUUUAAUCAUAGAAGACGUGAGAGUUGAACAGAGUUCUGUGUAAAGGCUUUGCACAACGGAAGCGGUAACGAACAAUUCUGUUUAAGCUUUUGCCUGUAAAGAAUACAGAAAAAUCUUCAUUCGAUCGUAUCCCAUUAUUUUAGUCGGGGCAUUUCUGCAGUUAUUGUGUUUGAACAAAUAUGUACAUUAUGGUAAACUAUACUAAAAAAAAACAUAAAAUUCAAUUUCGUAUAAUGACGUAAAAAUUCAUGUAUAAAUCAUAAUAAUUUUAUAAUCUUAUUUUGCAUAUAGAAUUUCGACCAAAAUUUAGAAAGAUGUUGGUGGAGGUUGUCAUACUUAAUUGUUAAAAGGAAUCACCUAAUGAGAAAUAUGUAAUAGAUUGACAAAGGUGAUGACAAAUGGAGAAAAGUUUCCCGUAAACAUAUCCCCGAGUCAAAAGAUUUAUAAUUAUUAAUGUUUUUAGUUACAAACUCGUAUGUGUCUGUGUGCAACAAAAUACAAACUGAUAAUAGUGACUUUAUGUUUACAAAUUUGUCGCUUCAUCUACAGCAUUUAUUCAGUGUUUCCUACAUUUAAAAUAAAUGUGAAAAAUAAACAAACUUCAACACAUUUAACAAA